GGGAGGAGGCUGGGGAGGACCCCUGGUCUGAAGGAGGAAGGUGGGGUCUGGACCCCUGAGUCUCAAGGGUAGGACCUGUCUCAUGACAAGUAGGAUGAUUUAGGUCUGAUUCCCUGGGUCUGAGGGAGGAUACCUGGGGCCUGGUUUUCUAGGUCAGAGGGAGGAGGCAGUGCUGGUCUUCCAGGUCUGAGGGAGGAGAGGUGUGUCUCCGUGCUCCCAGGUGUGUAGCUUUCCUGGGAACACCCCAGGGCUGGCCUUCCAGGAUCCAGCCUGUAUAUCUGUAUAUCUGGUUCCGUCCCCUUGCUUCUCUGGACUUUGGAGGUGGAAAGAGGCCCCGAGGGUGUGAGAGAGAGGCAGUGGACUUGGAAUGGCUUCAGGAACUCGAUGUGCCGGAAAGGUGGUGGUGGUGACCGGGGGCGGUCGAGGCAUUGGUGCUGGGAUCGUGAGAGCCUUUGUGGACAGUGGGGCCCAAGUGGUUUUCUGUGACAAGGAUGAGGCGGGAGGCCGAGCUCUGGAGCAGGAACUUUCUGGCACUGCCUUCAUUGCCUGUGACAUGACUCAGGAAGGAGACUUGCAGACGCUGAUUUCUGAGACCCUCUCCCGAUUUGGUCGCCUGGAUUGUGUAGUGAACAAUGCUGGCUACCACCCACCUGCUCAGUGGCCUGAGGAGACAUCCAUAGAGGGCUUCCGAGAACUGCUAGAAGUGAACCUGUUGGGGAUGUACGCCUUGACCAAGCUCGCCCUCCCCCACCUGCGGAAGAACAGAGGCAACAUCAUCAACAUCUCCAGCCUGGGGGCAGUGACAGCUAUGACCAAAGCUUUGGCCUUGGACGAGAGCAGAUAUGGUGUCCGUGUCAACUGCAUCUCCCCAGGAAACAUUUGGACCCCAUUGUGGGAAGAGCUGGCGGCCUCAACACCAGAUCCCAGAGCAACCAUCCUGGAAGGCACCUUAGCCCAGCCCUUGGGCCGCAUGGGCCAGCCAGCCGAGGUGGGGGCAGCAGCCGUGUUCCUGGCCUCAGAUGCCACCUUCUGUACAGGCCUUGAGCUUCUUAUGACAGGAGGUGCAGAGCUGGGGUAUGGUCGAAAGGCUAGUCCCGGCACUCCUGUGGAAGUCUCCACUCUCCUUCCCUGAAUUCCCCAAUUUCCACAAAGCUAACCCCCCCCCCCCGGUGGAUUCUGGGCAGGGGCUCUACCACUGAGUCAUACCCCCAGCUCCUCUCUGGGGAGUCUAAGCAGGUGCUCUACCACUGAGCUACAAGUUGGGCCUCCUCCCUAGGUAGCACUUCCCACUCCCAUCUCCAACCCGUACUUUCCACCUCCCUGGUUCAGCCCCAGCCCCCAAGCCUCUCGCUUCACUUCAUAAUACAUCAUUCAUCCUGAGCCCAUAAAAGCAACUUGCACCCAGAAA